CCCACUCUGUGACGCGUGUGAGGAUCGAGAAGAUAAUACAGGCCCUUCCUGUCCGGGUUUCUCUGCGCUUGGCAGUUUCUUCAAGGACCUGUCUGUAUGUUUGUAAUUUUCAUGUGUAUAUAUUUCGCUAUUAAACACUACAGGGGCUGAAUUAUGGCCGGUGUAAGAACGUUGCGGAAAGUGUGCCAGCGCGCGCAGCAUCACGCACGUGACCUUCAUUUAUCCGUGUCGAGGCCAGAAGCUGUGGUCAUCUCUGGUAGGAAGUUGGCCCGUCAGAUCCGCGAAGAGGCACGGGUUGAUGUGGAGAAAUGGGUUACGACUGGCAAUAGACGACCUCAUCUUAGUGUGGUGCUAGUGGGCGACAAUCCAGCCAGCCAUUCUUACGUACUCAACAAGACCCGUGCUGCUGCUGAUGUAGGUAUCACAAGUGAAACCAUACUAAAGCCUUCUUCUGUCUCUGAGGAAGAGCUCAUGGAGCUGAUUGACAAACUCAACUCCGACCACAGAGUGGACGGUCUUCUUGUACAGUUGCCUCUGCCUGAGCACAUCGAUGAGCGGCGUAUAUGUAACGCAGUCAGUCCAGAUAAAGAUGUCGAUGGAUUCCAUGUGGUCAACGUUGGUCGUUUGUGCUUGGACCAGUCCUCCAUGUUGCCCGCCACACCAUGGGGAGUAUGGGAAAUCAUUAAGCGUACAGGCAUUCCUACUCUGGGGAAAAAUGUAUUGGUUGCUGGUCGGUCUAAGAACGUGGGAAUGCCGAUCGCUAUGCUUUUACACACAGAUGGAAGACACGAAAGGCCAGGAGGCGAUGCUACAGUUACUAUCUCUCACCGUUACACACCUAAGGAGCAACUUCGGCAACACACAAAAAUUGCUGACAUCAUUGUUGCGGCAGCCGGUAUUCCCAACCUCAUCACUGCAGAUAUGAUCAAAGAAGGAGCAGCUGUCAUUGACGUGGGCAUCAACAGAAUACAGGACCCUUUGACUGGAAAGGACAGACUUGUUGGUGAUGUGGACUUUGAAGGGGUGCGAAAGAAGGCCAGCUAUAUCACUCCGGUCCCAGGAGGUGUUGGACCCAUGACUGUUGCUAUGUUAAUGAAAAAUACUAUUAAGGCAGCAAAAAAUCUCCUCCUGACCCCUCCAGAGCGGAUGCAUAUGGUGGCAUCCUCCUAACACACCUGUUCACCAUGCUCCUUGUGUUUCACAUUCCACAUCCCACUUUGGGAGCAGAUGGCAAUGCAAUAGCUCCACGUCCUAUUUUUGAGUACAUCACUUGGUUUGUAAAUCACAACCUUUUAAAGUCAAGUCAGUUAUAUGGCGUGAACUAUUUGAACAUGCUAAAGGCUUAGUGAAGUGAAUGUAUUACAGUCAUGUCUCCUUCAAACACGCAGUUUGAAACACACUUAUGAGAGCCUUGAUAAAUUAAGAGAAUUGGAUGUGUUAAAUCAGGUGAAACACUCAACUUUGCAGUACGUUGUUCUUCCAGGAGUCGAAGUCUUCACUCCCAGUCUAGAUAAUGCGUCAACUAUAUUACUCGCUCAGCACAGCUUAAGAGUUUUGCUAUUAGAGCUAUGACAGCCCUUUAUAUAUGGCUUGUGGCUUGUUAUACAAAAAUAUUUAUUUAUCUUCAAUGUAUGUGCUUUUUUUUGACAAUCAUUAGGACAUUAAUGUUUUCCUUAUUAAUAUAAAUGACUUUUUUUUUUGUAUUGUUUUAAACAUGAAUGGGGCUAGUCAAGAGGCUAUGACAUACCAUUACCAGUCCAUGUGAUUAAGGCCUCUUUUACUUCCUUGUGGUUAUUUAUUAAAGUUGGUUCAUGGAAUGACACUUGAAAUAAGAAGGUGUUUGUCAAGUAACACACUUUUCUUGUCCUGUUUAGGAGUGUAGCAAGGCGUGUAAUCUUAGACCAGUGAAAGAGAGCCAUGAUCACUAUUUGCUCUAUGAGUGGAGAUAAAUAACACAUGGCACUUCAGACUUCUGUAUGAGAAAUUAAGCUUUAAGUUAGCACUGCAGGUGCCUUUGUAUGUGCAGAUUAAAUAAAGCUUGAAUGAAGUG